CAUUCACAGUACACGAUGAAAGAGCUUUGAAAUGGACAGAUGAAAUCAAUAGACAGAAGAGAUUUUGUAAAGCAGCAUUUCACUUAUUCAAGAGACACAAACAGUCAGCAGAAGAAUCUCCAUCGCCACUAAGUGUGUGAAACACAUUUCAUUUCUAAAAUGGAGUUACGAGCACUUUUCAUCAUCAUUUAUUCAUCGGGUUUUCUGAGCACCUUCAAAACUCAAGAAGUCAAAACUCCUGACGUCACUGAUCUGGCCUUCAAAAAUAUCGACUUUGCCAUGAAUCUCUAUCGCAAGAUAUCCAGUUAUAAUGACAGGAACGUGUUCUUGUCGCCGCUCAGCGUCUCCACGUCUUUCGCCACACUCUUAUUGGCUGCUCAGGGCUCGACACGCGCUCAGAUCGUGAAGGGACUGAAUCUUGAAUCUCUGGAUGAUUCUCGAGAUGUUGAAGUGAUUCCGCGACUCUUUGAGCAGCUGCAGAAGAAUCUGUCUCUUGACAGGAUGCUGCAGAUGGAGCAGAGCACGGCGCUCUUUAUAGAUGAGCAGUUUCAGGUCGAGACACUUUUCAGUGAUCAGAUCAAGAAUUUCUUUGGCGCUGAGGUCAAUAAUGUGGAUUUUGGAAAGACUGAGACCAGCCGGCAGUUCAUCAAUGAAUAUGUGAGCAGAAAAACGGGUCAUAAAGUGAAUGAAAUGGUGAAGAGCAUCAAGCCGCUGACACAGAUGAUGCUGAUCAACACCAUCUUCUAUCAGGGUGGCUGGGAACGUCCCUUUGACCCAAACAACACAAAAACAAGUCGCUUUUUUAUAGACAAGUACAACAUUGUUCAGGUUGCGAAGAUGUUGAAGGAGGAUCAAUUCUACACGACUGAAGACAGCGAGAUCAGAGCGCGAGUGCUGCGGCUGUCGUAUCGUGAUGGAGUUGCCAUGUUGAUACUGCUGCCUGAUGAAAAUGUAGAUUAUACCAUCAUAGAUGAUGAAAUCAACGCACAACGAUUCUUCAAAUGGAUUAAAAACAUGAGACAAAUCAAACUGGAGGUUCAUCUGCCCAAGUUCAAGAUGGAGCAGUCUUAUGUUUUGCAUGAAAUUUUGCCUCAUUUGGGCAUCAAGAGUGUUUUUGAAGAUUCAGCAGAUCUCACAGGUUUGAGUAAAGACGCGGGGCUGAAGGUCUCACAGGUGCUGCAUAAAGCCGUUAUUGAGGUGGAUGAGAAAGGCACGACUGCAGCUGCGGCGACAUCGAUGGGAAUUACAGCUUAUUCUCUUCCAGCAACAUUCAUCGUGGACCGACCAUUUUUCUUCUUCCUGUAUCAUGAAGCCACUCACAGUCUGAUGUUUAUGGGCAGAGUGAUCGACCCCACACAGAACUGACACAAACUACACUGAUUGGAGGAUCUUUUCAAAUGAACCUCAUUAAAAAAUACUUUAAGCAAG